AUGAAGAAGGCUCUGUCCAUUCGAGGAAUUAGUUCUUCUUUGAGUAGAAAAAGCACAAAUUUCUUAGAGUGCGAAACAUCAUCAUCAUUAAUCACAUCUAGGAACAAGUACAACCUAAUUGGAAGCUAUGAAAAGAAGCCUCGUUUUCCAAUCUCUGUGUUUCAUUCCGAUGUUGAUAAAUCAUUAUUAAUUCAUUCUCAUCAUCCAGAUGAGGCAAACUAUUCCUAUAGCGUGAAUAUUGCCAUCGACAAUUUUUCUCCAAUACAUUUAUUAACCUAUCAUCAUUUCAAUAAUUUAAUUGCAUCAAAAUUGAAUUCAAAAUUUAUUUAUUCUCCCCAAAUUUACCCAUCAAUAUUUUCUACUGACACACACCAACAAAUUCAAUCCUUUCAAUUUACAACAAACAAUGAAGAACAACAUAAAAUAUUGAUAGAUACAUUCAACAAGGAACUUUUCUUUCCGUCAUGGGACAGUCAAUACUUUCAAUCUCUUCACGAAAGUGCAAUGAAUACCUUCAUGGUGCUAAACUCUAAUGAUCCAUCAGCACGAUUUGGGAGAAGUAUCUUAAGCCAUCUUUAUGGAAAUAUUCCAUCAUUUGAUGAAAUGUUACAUUCAGUGAAAAAUAUGAAUUUGGAUAACUUGGAAGAACAAUACAGAGCAGUUUACUGCCCAUCAAAUAGUGUUUUUCUAUCUGCCGGAGGUGAUGUCGAAGAGGUGAUUGCAUCUCUGGAAACAGUCUCUCCACAAAUACAUACUCCAAGAAGUAGUUUUAUUUCUACAUUUCAAAAACCAACCCAUCCAUCAUCAAGAGAGGUUAUUGAAGAAGAAUUUGUUGUUGAUGAAUCUCUACCACUUAAUAACCAAGGAAAGGCAGCCAUCGCUUACAAGUUGAAUUGCGAAUUUUCUAAUCAAAAAGAUUACAUUUUGUUAAAGAUACUUAGUUAUUGCCUUUCGGAUACAUUUAAUCAAGAGUUUGGCUCUUUAUCUGUUAGGCCUUUUAUCCAUAAUGGUAUUAAUGAAUCAAUGAACGAACUUUGCUUUGUUGUUGGUGUUGAAGGGAUUUCAUUGCAAGAUAUGAAACUUGUAAAGAAAAGACUGGAACAUGUUAUUGAAAAUAUAAGAGUCCACAAUGCACUACCUUAUUUAAAUAAGCUGCAAAUGGAACUCCAAACGUUGGUCAAUUAUUCCACACAUUCUAUUCAAGAGGGAUCAUUUCAUUCAUGGAAGAGCAGCUCUAAUGCUAAACAAUUUCUCGAAAAAUUUGCAAAUUGUAUUGACCUUUUACAAACAUUAUCGAAAGUGAGAAAAUUACUAGAAGCGGAUGCAAUUGCAUGUUUUAAUUCAAUUAAGGAAAAAUACUUCCUCUCAAACCGUGAAAAAAUAAUUCUCAUUAACAAUGCAACGAAAAUGAUAGAGCUAUCUGAACAAACAUCUAACACGCAAAGAUCCUUGGUUUUUGCUACCACAAUUGCUCCUAGUUUAGACUUUAAACCAAGUGCUGAGGUUGCUUCAUCUUUCAUCAGUAGUCGAGUUGAAUCACGAGCAAACGGUAGAUUUUUGUUGAAUGUUCAAGAAGCAAAUGGAGAUCUAGUGGACAUUUCACUUACAAAGUAUGAACCUAUAUAUGUUUCUGCAAAUGAAAAUAAGAUUUACGAUAUUCAUUAUUAUCCAAUUAUUGCAAAGUUGAUUAAUUGUAUGGGAGCAAGAGAUGCAACUGAUGCCAUCAUGGAAUCCUUUAAACAGAAGUAUUUUCCAAGAGGAAUCAAAACCACGGUUGAAAUAUUGCAUGACCGUUUUGAUUGGGAUUCUGUGAAAUGUGGAAUUGUCAUCAGAACUCAAGUUUUGAAAAAACACUUAUUCAAAGCUCUAGAUAUUUUAGAAGCCAUGUUGAAUGACUCUGAGCUCAAAGAGCUACCACCUCACGCACUCAACGAUGACAUUGUUCGAGAUAUUGCAAAAACCCUUUCGGAUGAGAUUAUUUCAAAACAUGGUUUGAUUGGCUUAGGUUAUCUCUCUUCAGAGGCAAAAGUCAAUCCUAUUACGAAAUUGAAUGACUACGUGGGAGGGUUUUCUCAAUUAGCCUUUUUGAAACAAUUCUCAUCUGGUAAUUUAACGGCUUUCAAACAACGUCUUUCUCAAUUCUAUGGACAGUUAACUGCAAAAUCUAACACUAAAUUGUUGUUGACAACAAGCUCAUCCCAGCUCGAAUCUGUUUGCAAAGUGGCUGAAGACUUCCUUGAAUCCAAUCCUGAUACUGUCAACAUUUCGGGCCAACACAUAAAGUAUGGUGCGUUUGUUAAGUCAAGCAGAGAUAAGCAUAGAUUUAUUGUCAUUGCUGAUGGUAUAAUUCCUGAAGGGCAUAGAAUUAUUUGCAGAAGUGUCAAUACAAGCUCUCCAGUUACUGCAGAAAAAGCAGCCCAUAUUUAUCUAUUCGCUGAAGCAUUAAAUAGAAAAUUAUUUAAGGAUUCUUCAAUGCCCACCACAGCAAAGCAAACAAUGGAUGGAACAUUUAAACUUACCCUAUUGUCACCAUCAACCCUCCAUGUCAGUAUAUUAGAGCUUGUUGAAACAAUUCAACGAUUUAUUGAUUUUGGGCUGGAUGAAAUCGAAGAAGAGGAGUUAAUGAGCUGCAAGAUAGCAGUCAUGAGAGAAUUAGGAGAUUCUGUUGUUUUACCUCCCCAUGAAAGAGCAACAAAACAAUUCUUGUUUGGAAUUACUUUUGAAGAUUAUUCCUUGCUUAAACAGCACGUCAUGAAUGCAGCCUUGGAAGAUAUUAGUGAUGCAGCGAAAACACUCUUUGGUGUUCAGUCUACAGGACAUGCUUUAGCUGUACUGGGGGCCAAGAAAGAUAUACCUCAAGAUAUAUUGGUGAUGGCACAAGGUAAAGAAGCAACAUGGGAAGUCACAGGACAAGAAUUGGAUAUGACCGUGGAGGACUAUAUGAUGGGAGGAGACCAGGAAAACGAACAGAAACAAGAAACAGUGGUGGAUGAAGAGGACAAACCUUAUAGCAGUUUUUAA